AGGAGGCAGCAUUUAUGCUGGUCCCCUUCUCCCAACUCUUCCCCAGGAGAGAUGCGGCGCCUUGCCUCCUGCUGUCUGCAAGGCUCCUGGACUGGGACCCCUAAAGAAACAGUACCAAGGUUUUCUCCCAAGCUCAACUUACUCAUGAGGCUACAUAGUGGAGCAGACUUGGAUUCUAGAAAGUUUCUCUCAAAAACUAGAUCAUCUGUAUACUCAGCACUCUUUGACACUGCAGAAACUACAGAGGAUCAGACUGAACAUGGAAAAAGUGCAAGAGAUUGUGAAUUUACAGAUCGAUUUUCCUCAGCAAAAAGCCUUAGUUACAGCAGAAAAGGUAGUUAACGAGAUGAAGGAACAUGAACAUUUGCUGCAAAAAGAACUGUGGAAAGCACAGGCCAUGCUGGAAAUGGCAAAGCAGUCCUCAUACAAACAAGAGAGAGAGGUGGCUGAACUUCUACAAAGCGAGAGUGGACACAAUGAAACAAUGCAACCUCAAAUCACAGUUACAAUGUUAUUGAAAACUCUUGUGAGCAAGGUCCACAUUAUAUAUUGUAAUGUACCUGAGGCACAACAAUGCAUCAAUCAGCUUAUUGAGAAGAAUGAUGCUGAGAGGGCUGAUCGGAAAGAAGAAUUUAAUAAUGUGCAGGCUGACAUCCUGUCCUAUAAAGUUAUUUAUGGAAAUAAACCUACGGAUUACAAAAGGGAACAGUUUUCAGUGAAGCUUUCCAGAAAUCUUGUGAAUGCAAAGUCUGAAUUAGAAUAUGCUGAAACAGAGAAGAUUGCAUUGGAUUGUAUCCAGAAGGGGGAAAUCCCAGACUGGAUUAGCAAACAUUGUCCAUAUUUAAUCCUGACAGAUUCUGACCAAAAAACAUACGCUGGUGAGAAAAGCCACCUUCCAGAUGAAGCCAGGCAAACACUCAACAGAAAAUCACAGGAUGCUGAUGAGACAAAGGAGCAGCAAGAGAUGCACCAGCCCGGGGCGGAGGCCUCCUUCACAGAUGAGAAGAUGUUGUGUGGAAAGGGUGGAGCAGAGAAACAUAUUAUGAAAGAGCCCUGGAGUGAAAACUGAUUGAGAGAGUGGGCAAAACUUUCAAAAGCACUUAAAUGACACAGAAGCCUAUGUCCCAUUGGCUUUCAAUGGGACUUGCUUCCUCAGUCACUUGGGUGCUUUUGGAAUUGUGACCCCAAUUUUAGAAGCAUUCCAGCAUAAUUUUUAAAAAUCCAUCCUGAACCCACAAUGGGAUUUCAUGAUCGGACCCCUUGUGCCCACCCAGAACCCCAUUAACUUAAUGGGGUCUGAGUGACCAAAGGGAUGCAUCCACACUGAUUACUUUAGGUCCUGAAGCUGCAAUGUAUGUAACAUUCCCAUUUUCAUUAACAGGAAUAGAGCUGGUCAGAAAAUGAUUUUUUUUAAAAAACAUUCCCAAGCAUAUUUGCAAAAAUAAAUGUCCACUCUUCAGCAGCACAAUAGAAACUUUCCCACCUGCACUAAAGCUGGUUGAAACGGUAGAGACAAUGUUUGCAAUUUUUUAUUUGUUUGUUUUUAAAGAAACUGUGUACAUUGAAAUAUUUCCAGUCAACUCUAAACAGGAAAAUUUAGUUUUACAAAUGAUUCAUCACUUAUUUAUUCUUUUUGUUAGUGAAAGAAAACCACAGUUCUGGCUGCUUCCCAAAAAUUUUUUAACAUACAGAUAAAAAUAUUUUAAAUUUUUGUAUUUAAAAAAGUUUGUCUAAAUAUUGAUAGUUCCAUUUGAGUUUAAAUUCGUGUUGGUUUUGGCUCCUUUCUGUGUAAAUGUGACUUAGUGCUGCAUGACUGGGGAGUGAAGCCAGGCAUGAUAAAUAGCCAUCCAGUACUAAUAUACAUGCAUGUAUUUCUCCAUUGUUUUAAAUGUCCUCUUUUCCCCCUAGCCUGUAAUCUUCCAAAGUAAUAAGAGGGAGAGAACCUUGAUUCAGUUUUGUAACUUUAUUAUUUAAGUCUGUAGCAUAAAGUCUGUUGAUAAAGAUCAUGUUACUGUAGUGUUUAUAUAAUAUAUGUAUGUGUUGGGGUGAAAGGAGCCCCUGCAAUUUCUGACAGGGAAGGAGUUAAACCGCAUUUCACCAGUCAUCCAGCUCCUCCUAAAUUCUAACUAGAAUAACUGGA